AGCUGCUGGAGAAGUCGGAUCUCCAUGCAGUGGUGGCAGACAAGCUACAAGCAGAAAAACAGGAUUUGCAAAGCAGGCAUGAGAUCAGUCCAGGGCAUGAUGGUACAUGGAGUGAAGCUCAGUUGCAGGAACUGGCCCAGCUGAGAAUUAAGUAUCAAGAGGAGCUGACGGAGCUGCAUAAGAAACGUGGUGAGUUGGCCCAGUCUGUAAUAGAUUUGAAUAACCAAAUGCAGCAGAAAGACCGAGAGAUGCAGCUGAAUGAAGCAAAAAUUGCAGAGUAUUUGCAAAAGAUCUCUGAGCUGGAAACAGAGUGCCAGGAGUUACGCAACAAACUGCAGGAUCUUGAGCAAGCUAAUCAAACAUUGAAGGAUGAGUAUGAUGCCCUUCAGAUCACCUUUAAUGCUCUAGAAGAGAAACUGAGGAAAACCACUGAAGACAACCAAGAGCUGGUCUCACGUUGGAUGGCAGAAAAGGCUCAGGAAGCCAAUCGUCUCAAUGCAGAAAAUGAGAAAGAUUCAAGGAGACGGCAAGCCAGACUGCAGAAAGAACUGGCAGAAGCUGCCAAAGAACCUCUGUCUGUUGAACAGGAUGAUGAUAUUGAAGUCCUUGCUGAUGAAACCUCUGACCCAGCUGAGGAGACAUCCCCAGUUCGAGCUGUGAGCCGGACUUCCAGUAAGCGAUUCUCCCAGCCAACUGGAGGCCUUCUGGACUCUAUCACUAAUAUCUUUGGGAGGCGCUCUCUGUCCUCAUUCCCCAUCCCCCAAGACAAUGUAGAGACGCAUCCAGUCUCCAGCAAAGAAGUGAGAGUGCCCAGUACUGCUGUAUGUGUUUUUGAUGCACAUGAUGGGGAAGUGAAUGCAGUGCAGUUCAGUCCUGGCUCUCGGUUACUAGCAACAGGAGGCAUGGAUCGGAGGGUUAAACUCUGGGAGGUCUUUGGAGAUAAGUGUGAGCUAAAGGGCUCCCUCUCCGGUAGUAAUGCAGGAAUUACAAGCAUCGAGUUUGACAGUGCUGGCUCUUACCUUUUAGCAGCUUCAAAUGACUUUGCCAGCAGAAUCUGGACAGUUGAUGACUAUCGGUUACGGCACACCCUGACAGGUCACAGUGGUAAAGUCAUGUCUGCCAAGUUUUUGUUGGACAAUGCGCGUAUUGUUUCUGGGAGUCAUGACCGGACCCUCAAGCUUUGGGACCUGCGCAGCAAAGUUUGUAUAAAAACAGUGUUUGCAGGAUCUAGCUGCAAUGAUAUAGUCUGCACUGAGCAGUGUGUAAUGAGUGGACAUUUUGACAAGAAAGUUCGCUUCUGGGACAUAAGGUCUGAAAGCAUAGUACAGGAGUUGGAACUGCUUGGGAGGAUCACUGCUUUAGACCUGAAUCCAGAGAGAACAGAGCUCUUAACCUGUUCCCGAGACGAUUUGCUGAAGAUCUUUGAUCUACGGGUUAAUGCUGUCAAACAGACCUUCAGUGCCCAGGGAUUCAAAUGCGGAUCUGACUGGACCAGAGUUGUAUUCAGCCCUGAUGGCAGCUACGUGGCAGCUGGUUCAGCUGAUGGGACCCUGUACAUUUGGAAUGUGCUCACUGGGAAGGUGGAGAGAGCUCUUGCAAAGCAUCACAGCUCCUCUAUCAACGCAGUGGCAUGGUCACCAGCCGGUGCUCAUGUGGUCAGUGUGGACAAAGGAAACAAGGCUGUCGUGUGGUCUGAAUUUUGACUGGAAGGAGAAUGAAAGGCAGAGCGUCAGACGCCUCCCUAUAUGAGGGUACUCAUCCAUGGCUGGACAGAAUGGAGACCCAAGUGCAGAUCCAUCUUUGGGUGUGCUAUGAAGUUUGUGGGCUUUGCCUUCCAGAGGAGAUCUCUGAGGCAAUCAAGGAGGAAGAGCCAGAGUCAGUCUUUGAAGGCCUGUCACCCUGCUGUUGGCACUCAGACUUCUCAAGUGAUUAGCUGAUCUGGAUGAUAGUGCUACUAGUCAUGCCUUUUUAUAUGUGGUACCUAUGCACUGAAUGGAGCCCAAGAUACUAGACAGAUUCCCUCACCAGACAGCAGUGCCAAAUAUCCUGUUAUGCAAAUGUAUCUGCGACACUUCCAAGUCAGGAGUGUGCUGUAAAGAAGUUACUGUGUAUUCUGACCUAAUGCAUGUCCUGUCUCCUGUGUUCUGUUCCUGUGGACUAGCUUAGGCCUGGGGUGUGGAAAUCUGAAGCACGGACAGGGUGGGUCCUAGUCGAUCUGUAAGAUGAUGGAACAGUUACAAACUAAUUCCAGUUGUCUUAGUGCUCUGACAGCUCUGGCUCCUGAGUUAUUGGCUCAGUGCAGAGCUCUUCCAGUUACGACAAGGUCACUGCAGCAGUUGCAGUCUGAACUCCCUGCAUCAGCUUGAGCUUUAUUUCGGGGAACUGUUCAUUCUCAGGGCAGCUGCACCCUUUGUUAAAACUCUUUACAAGAGCUCCCCUAGCAGCAAUACCAAAAACUUUGGGGACGAUUUAUUUGCAUUCUUACCUAGUAGGUGGGAGAGAUGUGCAACUUCUGCCAUGCUGCUGUGAUGAAGAAUGUAUUUAUGCCUUGACUUCUGGUACCAGAACUUAAUGCCCAGUCCCUUUUGCUGUCCAACCAUCCUUCUGCACUGGAGGCUGUUGGUAGAGCGCAGGGGAGCUAAAGGCUUGAAUCCCAAAUGUAGAACUUUGGUGCUGGCAGUUCCAGGCCACUUGCCCCCCAUCUCUGAGCACAUGUGCAAUAUUUCUGUGUGCUGGAACCUAACAGCUGCUGUGGAGCAGGGUCUUUCCCUGUGUCCUCAGACAUCCAAAUUGGUAAUGGGAUUGAGGUGGGACUAACUGUGGCAUAACUUUUAUCCAGCCAAAUUUUUCCAUGUCAGAUUGGCCUCAAGACAAGCCACCAACGUUAUAACACCUUUUUAUUUGCACUUUAUUUUGCUUCCUUCCUGGGGCUCAUUUUCUAAGGAAGUGUGUUUUUGAAGGAUUUCAGGGUUAGGAGAGAGAGUGGUUGCUGUAACAGCGCGCUUGGUCUCUCUCUUCCUCCCUCCUCUCUUUUCUUCCUCCCCACCCGGGGUUCUUCAUUCGGACAACUUCUGUAGAGGGGAGUUGGGAGUAUACAGAGCAAAUCUUUUAUUUAUUCAGCUGCUCAUCGGAACUUGAUUGUAAAUAAACCUGUGUUCUGCUUUUAAAACCUACAGUAUUUCUUAUUAAUUUGUGUUUAUACUUGUCCUGGAAGAAAAGGGAAAAUAUUUUCAGAUUUCCUCUACACUUCUACACUGGCAAAGUGUGUGUGUGUGUGUAUGCAUGC